GAAGUGUUUACAGACUCUGUAUCCCGAAGUUACUGAAACAAAAUUAAGCGUUGGUAGAGACAGUACUGGUCCUCCGGACAGGUGGUAUCAGUUUGGCUUCCUUGGGGUCCAGACCCUCAGGAUACACACUCUGGCUUAGGAGCUGUGGAGCCUGGGCACCAUGCAGUACACUCGAUUUUCCCAAACUCUACAGGAAGGUGAUAACGCAGACAGGUUGGCCCUGCCGAUCCCCACUCUGUGAGAAAGAACCAACAGCACCCAUUUGUCACAGUGUCACCGGGACCUCUAAGCUCUUGAAAAGUUCUUCUCAGCUCCAUAAAGAAGGCACGAGUCACUUGGAGCCCUCAUCAACCACAUGGUCCAGCCACACACCACCAAGUCACCCUGGGCCAAGUCCCUAACCCUGAAACUCUUCAGGGACCCAGCCUGAGGUAGAGCAGAUCCUGGCAGAGUUCCAGCUGCGGGAGGAAGACCUGAAGAAGGUGAUGAGGCGGAUGCAGAAGGAGAUGGACCGUGGCCUGAGACUGGAGACCCACGAGGAGGCCAGUGUAAAGAUGUUGCCCACCUACGUGCGUUCCACCCCAGAAGGCUCAGAAGUUGGAGACUUUCUCUCCUUAGACCUGGGAGGAACCAACUUCAGGGUGAUGCUGGUGAAGGUGGGAGAGGGGGAUGCAGGGCAGUGGAGUGUGAAGACCAAACACCAGAUGUACUCCAUCCCCGAGGAUGCCAUGACGGGCACCGCAGAGAUGCUCUUUGACUACAUCUCCGAGUGCAUCUCUGACUUCCUGGACAAACAUCAGAUGAAGCACAAGAAGCUACCCCUGGGCUUCACCUUCUCCUUCCCUGUAAGGCACGAAGACAUAGACAAGGGCAUCCUGCUCAACUGGACUAAGGGCUUCAAGGCCUCCGGAGCUGAAGGGAACAACAUUGUGGGACUUCUCCGAGAUGCUAUCAAGAGGAGAGGGGACUUUGAGAUGGAUGUGGUGGCAAUGGUGAAUGACACAGUAGCCACGAUGAUUUCUUGCUACUAUGAAGACCACCGGUGUGAGGUCGGCAUGAUUGUGGGCACUGGCUGCAACGCCUGCUACAUGGAGGAGAUGCAGAAUGUGGAGCUGGUGGAAGGGGAUGAGGGGCGCAUGUGUGUCAACACGGAGUGGGGCGCCUUUGGGGACUCGGGCGAGCUGGAUGAGUUCCUGCUGGAGUACGACCGCAUGGUGGACGAGAGCUCAGCGAACCCCGGUCAGCAACUGUACGAAAAGCUCAUUGGUGGAAAGUACAUGGGCGAGCUGGUACGACUUGUACUGCUCAAGCUAGUGGACGAGAAUCUUCUCUUCCGUGGAGAAGCCUCAGAGCAACUGCGCACACGUGGCGCCUUCGAGACCCGUUUUGUGUCGCAGGUGGAGAGCGACUCGGGCGACCGCAAGCAGAUCCACAACAUCCUGAGCACUCUGGGGCUUCGGCCCUCCGUCACCGACUGCGACAUUGUGCGCCGUGCCUGUGAGAGCGUGUCCACGCGUGCCGCCCACAUGUGCUCCGCGGGACUAGCGGGAGUCAUAAAUCGCAUGCGCGAAAGCCGCAGUGAAGACGUGAUGCGUAUCACGGUGGGCGUGGAUGGCUCUGUGUACAAGUUGCACCCUAGCUUCAAGGAGCGGUUCCACGCCAGUGUGCGCAGGCUGACACCCAACUGCGAAAUCACCUUCAUCGAAUCAGAGGAGGGCAGCGGCAGGGGAGCAGCCCUGGUCUCUGCGGUGGCUUGCAAGAAGGCCUGCAUGCUGGGCCAGUGAAAUCCAGGCCACAAGGACAGGGACCUGGGCUCCAUGGGGACUCCAUGCCCCACAGGUGCUCCCAGCCCACGGGGGCAGGAGAUCUAUUCAGCUGCUACCCCCUGGAUAAUAGGGAGAGGCCCCUGCAAGCUGAGCAGGCGUUUCUACAGUCAGUCAAGUGGGACAGCCCUAGGGCUCUCAGCCUGGGGUAGGGGCAGGGGGCUGGGAAGAGGAAGAGGAUCAGAGGCACCAAAGCCUUUCUUGUUAGAAUCAACUACAGAGAAAGGCCUUACACACUCAGGACUUGCAUUUUCACACUUCUUGCCUCUCACAGCAGGGGGCCUGGCCUCCCAGGGGAGUGAGUGCCUCCUGGUCCUUUCAAUGGUCUCACUUCCCUGGGAACACACCCUGCACGGGGAGGUAGCUCCAGCAGCUUGGCCAGACCAGACCAAGGAGAGCAAGGGCUCUCCUAGGAGAGCAAGGGCUGCUAAUCACCCAGCCUGGCUGUUUUCUUGCCUGUGACCAAAGAGGCUGGGGAGUCAUGAAAGACUAACUGUCCAGCUGCAUCGAGGAGACUUUCCAGGCCAAAAUUACUCCCAAAGAGACUGUUUGCUUCAUAUACCUCUGCCCCAGAGUGACUUACGGUUCUGGAAUGAACCCUCCCAGGAGAUGCCGGAGAAUAGAGCCCCAAGUUCCUACCCUAAGGGGACCAGAAAGGGGAAGCCUCUCUUGAACUAUUGGGAGGUCCCCCUCCUUCAAGCAGGAUGGCAUUUCAGCUCUCACAUCCUCGAUUCAGAAGGACAAAGUAUCCCUCUAAGAGACCUCCUAGGCCCCUCUUCCUCAUCCUCCCCAAAUACCAUGCCACCCUCUCUAUGCCAACCCGGGACUGUGGGAGGGAGUUUUUAAUUAAAUAUUUAAAAACACUUAAACAUGGCUUG